AUGGAUCCUCGCUACGCAAACUUUGCAAUUUGUUGCGGUAGUUUGCUUUUUCUUACCGGAUGUAUCUCCUUGGUUGUUUUGUUGGUAACUAGAGUGCUACCGCUACAUAGAAGAUCACACAACUUCGAAGAGAAGAACUGUACAGUAAAAGAAAACAACUUGUCAUGCAAAAGUGGUACAUGCGAAUGCAGUCGUGGAACGAACGAAAAAAUUGUUCUGUGCUUGAAAGUGUACGUGUGUCUUGAAUGUGACAAAGAAAAAGUGGCAAACAAAAGCUGUUGUGGAGGUAAAGAAAAAGGUUAUUUACUUCGAAGGGAUGUGCAACACCUGAGUGAUGAGGUAAUUAUUACAUCAUUUUAAUACAAUCCUUUUUUCGGGUAUUUCUGUAGACUACGAGUCCCCCAUUUUUCCGGGCAUUUUUCCUCAAGGAUAGUAGAGCGAGCGAAACGCGAGCGCGCGUGAAAAUCACCCCACGCGAGAAAAGGCGACACGCAUUUUUCUCUCUCCCCGCCGCGUGUCGCCUUUUCUCGCGUGGUGUGUUUUUCACGCGCGCUCGCGUUUCGCUCGCUCUACUAUCCCUGAGGAAAAAUGGGGGACUACUGGUAGUCUAGUAUUUCUGAGGGUCAUUUCUUAUUGUUGCGGAAACCAACAAUGUUGGUUCGCUUUUGUGUUGUGAUGUGGGUAUCAUUCAUUGUCUUUUCAAUCUUUUGUAUUACGUCAUUUAUUGAUCACUAAGAAACUACCCUUUUUUCUGCGGGCGACCAGAGAAUGUCCUGUGACCAGGCUCCACCGCGGAAAAAAUAUGGUAAAAAAUGGAGUAAAACGGCAAACAACAAGAAAAAAUAUUCGGCGAGCGACACGAGCCUAGCUGUACACUGAGGAGGACUACAACUCGGCUCGCUUCGCUCGCCUAUUUUUUUCGCCUUUUUCUCCAAUUGCGGAACCUGGUCCCAGGCUAAUCUCCAGGUUGCUAUUACACAUGCGCAGUACGUUUUCAAAAGAGGUUCUUUUUUUACCCUGCGCUCACCUAGCACUCAGACAACCCCUAUUUCGUUCGCUUCACAUUUGAAGCAAAGGAAAUAAUCAGCUUAAAACUGCAGCUGGGUAUUUUUUCCUUCUAUUUGUUUUGUUCUGUUUUGUUUUAUUAUUAUUAUUAUUAUUCUCUUUUUGUUCUCGCUGCCUGUUUUGACUUGAGUUAUUUGAGUUUGCCAAGGGUCAACUUUUUGUCUAAUAAAUUGUGUGGGUUUCGACAAGAGAGAAUUCUCUCGGCUUUGACAUUGCUAGGUCUUUGCGGCCAGCAAGCGCUAAUUGGUAUGGGAUAUGGUCCCUUUUAUAAAACCGAACAGACGCCCUGAGGGAACUGUCUUCUGGCUACGAAGUCCUUUAAUUUUAACUCCUUAAUUUUAGUGCACUUUCAAGAAGGAAAUAAGCAUUUGCGAAGUGGGAUCACCACAAAACCUGACGGAGAGGUACAGCCUUGGAGCUGGAGUCACAACCAUUUGCUACCGCAACCCUCAAGUCCUGGAUGAAGUGAUUUUAGAGCGGAAUCACAGCAGAGGACAAUGUAGAAGAGACGCGUUGCUAUGUGUCUUAUGGCCAGUUGCUGUGAUCGGUCUUUUCAUUUUGAUUCUCAUUACAGCUUUGUACUUGUGUCCAAGACGAAGGGUUUACAGAAGAAUCCCCUGA